AUGACAAAUAAAUAUCGUAUCUGUAGGUGCCCGCAUAUUUUUGCAGCGGUAUGAAUAAUUCUGAUAUCCUGCUCAGCCCCGUCCAAUAAUCUUAAUUAUUAUUCAUUAUACUGUGUUCUCGGUUUUUCAUUGGCUAAUUAAGAGCCUACAAAUAAUUUUGGGUAUUUGUAGGUGCCUGCGCUAUUUCCAGCGGAAACAGUAAUCUGCAGACUGAGGUUAUUGGACGGCGCCCGAGAUAUUUCAGCGGUAUUUUAUGUGAAAAUACAAAUUGGCGGGAAAUUUUUGGUUGAAUAUACGAAAAGUUAAUCAAUUCAAUGAAUAUUUAUUUGUUUUCAAUUUUUGCUUGUUUUGUUUUCUUUCUGUCACAAAAUGAAUAAUAAAACAAUUGUUGAAUUCGGCUUGCGCAGAUACCAGAAUUAUUCAAAUUUCAGACCUCGGUCAAUGUUACUACCUCAGCCUUCGGCUUCGGCAGAUAACAUUGACCUCGGUCUAAAUAAUUCUGGAUAUCCUGCUCAGCCUCAUCCAAUAAUUGUUAAUUAUUAUGCACGUUUCCUCACAUGGCAUACCUUUUCUUUCGUUUUCUAUAGUUUUUGUCGGUUGGCAUCCGCAUACUGCAGAUACUACAGGAGAGCUUUCCUAGCCCCAUUUAAUAGUACAGCCAUAUACGUGUAUCUCUCGGUUGGUAUCCGUACUGCAGCAUACUGCGAUAUUAUACAAAUAAUGAAUGUUUAUGAGUGCAAUGGUAAGAAUAUUUUCAUGAGGUGAAAGAUGGAAUGUUCCAUUCAACGAGGCGACAGCCGAGUUGAAUGGAACAUUCCAUCUUUCAUCGAAUGAAAAUAUUCUUACCAUUGCACGAAGAAACAUUCAUUAUUUGUUUUAUAUAAUACCAAAAUAGACUAAUAGAUUCGUAUGAGAAGCAUUUUGAGGGAUGCGAUUUAUCGAAAACACAAAGAGUGCAAUUGCACUAUACGUUUUAUUCCAUUGCACUCGCGGAGAGUGCAAUGGAACGUGUUCCAUUGGACUCUUGGGAAAUGGAAUUUCCUAUUCAAUAUCACGUGACCAUAAACAGCCAAUUAAAUGAUUAGAAUUUAAUAAGGUAUUAUAUAAAACGGCAUAGUGUAUUCUACUACAGUUUUUCUAAACCACAACUGUGCUAAUCGGGUGCCAUUUAUGUUUUUGCUCAAAAUUAAUUAUGACGAUUAUGUAAAAUUAUGCAAGUCGAAAUAUCCUAAUUUAAUAUUUCGUUUUCGAUUCGAAAGAAUUCAAUUUCGAUGCAAAUAAAUUCGUCUUCAAUUGUAAGAAUUCGAAAUGCAGAUUGAACUUCGAAAUGGGCAUCGAAUUUUCAGUUAUGAACUACUCAGUGCAUGGUCGUUUAGACUUUGACGUAGUUUUGAAAUUUGGAAUAAUAUUUUAAUUAACAAUCGUGUUAAAUUAAUCGCAAAAGUCAAGCAUAUGUUCUAUAGAUAUCACCAAAAACUUAGAAACCGUUACUUUCGCGACGUAGAUUUAUAUUACGGCCAAGGGUUUAGGCGUAAGAAUCAAUUGAUGUUGUAUAUAUAUACCUAACCUUAUAUGGUCCACCUUUUAUUUGUAUUGAAAGAUAUUUUGUUGUCACAAAUGUCAUGCAGGGACGCCAAGAAAGAGGGCCAAACGGGACAAUUUUCUCCAGGUUCCCAGCUGAAGGGCUACCGGAACGAAAUAGGCUGUAAUAUGCAUAGUUAUUUCUGUUAAAAAUUCUCCUAAAAUGCAGGAAUUUCUAUUUCGGACUGGACCCUAGAUUUCAAAUUUUUUUCGGGGGAGGAGAGAAUCCCCCACGACCCCUUAAGUCGAUUUAAUUACUUUAUUGAACAUUCAAAACUAAAGAACGCACUCCAGCUGACUGUACUAAAAGUUCAAGAAUAUAAAAAUCAGUUUCCUAUAGCACUGAGGGUAUGACGACAAAUAUCUUUGACGACGGAAAUCACCAAAAUUCAUAAUUUUCCGACCCCCCCCCCAAAAAAACCCAACUUCUCGGUGGGAUUCUUACGGUACAAAUUACUUCACUUAUUCUUGUUUUAGACAAAUUCACGUCUUAUUCAAUCAAAGUUCAGGCCGUAAAUAAUGUUGGAAUUGGAAACAGUUCAGAUCCUGUACUUGCUAAAAUACAAACGACACAAGCUGAUGAUAAGAGCCCAAACGCUGGUCUUACCGCAGGGGCAGUGAUUGGGGCGAUACUCUUUGUUAUUCUGCUGUUUUUCGCUUUAUUUAUUCUGCGAAGAAAAUUCUUGAAAAGACAGCGCAGUGAAUCAGUACGGGUAAGAAAGGCCUUAUGUACUUUCAUUACCAGAAUAUUAUAAUAAAAACACCAGUUCCAAUAUCCGCCUAAUAAGUAGCCUGCAUGAUACCUAAUAAGGGAAGCCUCACAUAUCGAUUUUGACAUUUUGUCCACGAGAAACGUCAUAUGUUCGUUUGGUGGGGUUUGCAGCUGUGACGUUUCUCUGUAAAACAUCAUGGAAAAAUUCGAUAGUCUUUUCGAAAGCCUUUAACAUUUUGGAAUCAUCUUUGCAGAAUAUAGAAAAGAAAACAACUUCAGUGAUACAAACCCCAGUGUAUACAUUCGUAAUACCAUACCAGUUCUCAAGAAAAGCGCGCUAAAAUUGUCAAUAUUUCAUGCAAAAAAAGAAAUUUGAAGAAACGUUGGAAAUUUUGAAGUUCAUAUAUAUUAAUAAAAAACAUAUGUCAGCAGAAGAUGAUAUAUUGCUCGCGGAAGUAUCGCGCCAAUAGCCGACCGUAGAAAAUAGUAGAAAAUUACCUAUGUGCAAGAGUGGGUUGACCACAAAAUUUUUGUAGUUCGCUAUAACUACAGCUACUUCAAAAAUAUGUAGUCAGCUACAACUACUGCUACUAUUUAACAAAGGUAGUUCGCUACUGACUACAGCUACUGCUUAAAAAUGUAGCGAACUAUUUCGCUAUUUCGCUACUCUAUAUUUUUUAGUUUUAUUGUAUUUGGAGCAUCCACUAGCUCAGGCUGUAAUACAACCUAUAUAACAAAUCGACUUACGAGUAGCAACAGUAAACAAGAAGGGUCAAAGCAACAUUUUUGUAAGCACUACAGUGUUAGGAGUGACUUUUCAUUGCGCUAAAAUAAUCUUUACUGUGUAAAACAAUCUUUUAAGCAAACCGUGUCUUAAUAUCAUUCUAUUCUAUGAACGGUUGCUAACAAUUUUUUAAAGUAGCGAAUAGCGAUUCGCUGUUUGAAAAGUAGUCAACUAUUUGGCUACUUUUAGGCAAAAUGUAGUUCGCUAUAACUACAACUACUGUUUUAAAAAAGUAGUCAAAAACUACUGGCUACUUGAAAAUUGUAGUUCGCUACAGUAGCGGACUACAACUACUUCGCUAAUACCCACCCUUGCCUAUGUGUACUAUAAAAACAAAAUGUUGAGGUUUCUAAGGGGGGUGGUGGUGGUGGUGGUGGUGGUGGUGGGAGGGGGUGUCUCCAGAGAAACGUCCAUAUGACGUUUCUCAUGGACAAAAUCGAUAUGUGAGACUUCCUUAAAAGAAAAUUUCGAUAUAUCUCGCUAAGAUAUGGUAACUCACAACGGCCACCAGCCCUAACCACAACUAGUAUAAUCUGUUCUCUUGUAUUUAUCCGUCUUGAUCUUAUAGAGGUAUGCUUGGGGGGAGGGGUUUCUAAAAUCCUCAACAAUUUUCAUGAUACUGAGUGAAUAUGCCCUUUUGUGCUUAGUUUGGCCGGAAAUUGGCGCACUAUUAAUAAUAAAUACUAUUAAAAAACUCAUUAAUAAAUCAUGAGGAAAAUACAAAAGAAAUCACUGCCGUGUCGGUGGUUUUAUAUGUGAUAAAAAAUCAUGAUUGUUCAUUUUGAUAAACUCUAGCUUUGCUUUUCUCGGCUUAGACAACGUUUAUUUUUAAAAUUACUUCGGCAAUUACACUCAAGCUGCGAUCCCGUGUUUUAUAUCUGAUAAUGCACUUCUGUUCGUGUUUUGAAUAGUACAUAGCUGCAUGCUCAGCUACCUCAUUGCUCAUUCAAAGGAAGUACACACACAUAACACUAGACAUUCUGUAUCUUAUAACUUUUAUAUAAAAUACACACACGACUGAAUAAAAAAACCUUAUCCUUUGCUAAACUAGGAGCAAAAAUAUGGAAUAGUAUUUGCCCUGAGAUACGUAAACUAGGAAAAAACACUUUUAACAAAAUAAUUAAAAAGUGACUUUUAAACAUAUUGGAGACUGAGGAUGAUUAUGUUGAUAGACCUACGACAAUUAAAUUAAUGACCAAACAAUUGGCAUCCACAAAAAUAUAAUAACACAUAUUUAUGUAUACAGUAUGUAGUUAUAUAACUAGUAUGAAAUUAUUCUAGAGCAAGACUCGUUUCAUAUAAUCUAUGAAAUAGGUUUUGCAAUAUUUCGAAAUAAUGGUAUGCAAUAUUCUAGUGUAUGGCAUGCUUCGCAAACAUGCAUGUUGUACACUGGAAAUAAGAUCUAUAUUCAUCUUUUGACUAUGCUCUACCAAUUCACAAAACUAUUUCUUCUACGCUAUCCGCCUCGAUUAGCAUUUGCUAUUUGCGGAUUAAGUGUACAGUUUUAUUGUAUUAUAGUGAAUAAUUAAUAAAUGAUUGAUAGAUUGAUGCAACCAGGUUGAAAUAUAUUUCUCGUUGUUUACGUGACACACCAUUGGCUUAACCAGAAUUAUUACUUUUUAAAGGUGAAACAUAUUAGUUUUGAAAAUAUCGACCUAGAGGCUAUCAUCAGGCAAUAUGCAUAUGGUUACUCAAAUGAGGCAAAAUAGAUAUUGUCAUGUUCACUUAUAUACAUCAUGAUAAAUUAUGAGAAAAUGCCGUCAAUAUAAUCUGAGCAAGGUGUUCCUUAUCUUUCACAGGAAUUUGAAAUAUGGCAUUCAAAGAAUCGCAUGGAAGAGCCUAAAGGACAAGUUGCCAAGUCGCAACCUAACGCCACUGCACAAACAGGUCGGUUAAAUUUGAUCUAA